AUGCCGGUCGAUACUAAGAUGAAAAAUCCGCGAGAAUAUCGCGACUUGUGGAAACAUAUAACGCAUCGACGUGGUUGGGGGUAUCCCGAUGUAUUGGAUGUUCAAGGCUCUGUAUUUUGGAAUAUUGUCCCUUUACUCGUUUUUACAGCUUUAUGGACAGUUUUUAUCGUUGUCCUUUAUAUGUGUCUCGAAGUAAAAGCGAUUGCCGUUUCCAGCAAUUUAAAACGUAAUGAACAAGAUCGUCUCGAAAAAGAAACUUGUAUUAAACUAUUAUUGGGAUAUGUAGUUGCUGUUAAGCAUCAUAUUCGGUUCGAAUUUGGAAUUCGUUGGAAAGAUUUGGAUGAUCUUCUUCCUGAAGGCUUUCAAAAGACUUAUUAUGAAGGUAGUGCCGCACAGGUUGAAGAAACUUCUGGAGAUAGAUCUUUGCUCGCUGUAUUACCAACUUCAAUUCGAACAAUAUCAAACAAAAUUCCACCAACCGCUUUUAGAUCGGUUCUUAUGUUUUCGAAAGAGGAGAAGGAAGCAUUGUUUCAGGAACAUGAAAAAGAGUUAACUCCCGACGCUGAAGCUGAUGCGAAAAAGCAGGGAGGACGAAUGGAUAGCAGUAGAUUUGGUUUAUUGGUAUCAGCAUUAGAUGAAUUGAUUGAUAUUUUGGGUAAUUUAGAAAGGAUUGGAGGCACUCCUCUCCCAAUUGCCUAUAAUAUUCAUUUGUAA